AAGCUCAAGAACGACGAUCUUCGGCCUCGUCACUACCACUCAACAGCAACUAUGCGGUCUUCAGUUGAAAUUGAAGCAAGCAUGGUUCAAAUAUACCCAGAGGUCUCACUUUUCGAUAUAUCUCCCCCUUUAACAGAACUUUCACCGAUGCGGUUGGAUAUCGAAUCUCCCGAUGCUGAACUCAUAGCUGCGGCCUUCUCCCAAUUUAUGCUCACAUCUAAAAAUCCAUUAUAUUGGUUCUACGGCACCAAUCCACUUAUACUCAGCUCAAGCAUUCAGGACGUCCCAAUGCCCAUCACCGGGUCUCACGUCGCCUCGCCUCUUCCUCAGAUCAUGCCAGGAUCGGAAAUCAACUUCAAGGCAGUCAUUGACGAUGCUCAUUCCCUUGUGGAGUACCGGAGUGACCUCUGCGUCAUUCAAUGGGUGAGUCUUUCGCAUUUGCAUCUAUUAUCAGCUUGGUUUAACCAGCUCCAGUUUGUCUCUCGGAACGUCGGCAGUGGCGCUGGGGCGUUCGAACGUGAAAAAGAUGCAUAUGAUAUCUUAUCACAACAUGAGUCCUCUAAGAACAGUAUUCUUCGGUGCUACGGCUGGCUGGACAUGGAUCGCGCUGAUGCUCUGAAGUUGCACCCAAAACUUUCAUCCGUUGAUGGGACCAGUGUUAAGGCUCUUCUUUUCGAGCAUAUCGAUGGUCUUAUUCCCCUUUCUGUUGAGAACGUGACCACCGACAUAGCUGAGGCGGCAUUGAAGGCGCUUUGUGGUGUGCAUGCGGCGCAUGUCCUACACGGAGACAUACGACGUCGAAACAUGCUUCUUCUCCCUGAUGGACGUGUGGUCUGGGCAGGAUUCGGUGCCGCAAAGUCUGCGUCGCAUCACCCACUGAGACGUCAAGAUUUCUGGAACGAGGCAGCCUCUGCUUGGACGCUACUGUACAGUAAGAUGCUUCCUGACAAGCUUAUUGGAAACUUGAAUCCCGACUACUGAGAAGUCAGGUACUGUUGCACCUUCUGUCGCGUAACAACUCCGUAUCUGUAGGUAGCAACUUGAGGCUGUUGUUAUAAGUUUGCCUCUUGAACAUUCCGAAGAUACAUUUGCAUCAAUAUAUCUUCAACAUAGUUGUAAUCCGAAUCGGUACUCGAAGAAUGAAGACCAUAUUAUCCGGGCAGGACGGGGGGUUCAUGAUGCAUGACGCCCAACCAUUUUGAGCUUCCGUUACUGUACCUGAUUACCCUUCGUUCCGUCUAAGUCAUGCAUCUGGAGAUGGAGGAGACCCUUCUGAGUCCGUGGUAUAAUACUUAGCGUCAUUUUCUAGGAUGAAUUUGACGGCCAACCGCUGAACUUUAUCCUGUCGGACGGUCUUUUCGUACGUUGUCGUGACGGAUUGAUACACUACCUAAAUGCUUGCGUGAUUAUUUAUAUAGCUUUCUGUUUUCCUCCCCUUUUCCUCUACCCGUUAGUCGCAUUCGACGUAGCGUAGACGAUGAAGUCAAACUUCACGAAACCAUUCGAUGCGGCUCAACUU